UUUUUGCGCAUGCCCAUUGAGCAUUGGAAGCCAUGUUGAAGUUUCAGUGGCUGGCUGUGCUUUUCUGACGCUGUAUGUUUUUAGGUUUGUUUUCUUCCAUUUUUAGUAUUGGUGACGUUCAACCAUACUAUUCGGAACCAUAAAUUGGAGUUCUAAAGAUGAGUUCCUGCGUCGACCUAUCCAGGCGCAAUCCGCAGGAGGAUUUCGAGCUAAUUCAGCGGAUAGGAAGCGGCACAUACGGAGAUGUCUACAAGGCCCGUAAUGUCAACACUGGGGAGUUGGCUGCCAUUAAAGUCAUUAAGCUGGAACCUGUGAUUAUGAACUCUCCCACUGGUGAGGACUUUGAGGUGGUGCAGCAGGAGAUCAUCAUGAUGAAGGACUGCAAACACUCCAACAUUGUGGCCUACUUCGGCAGCUAUCUCAGGAGGGAUAAAUUAUGGAUCAGCAUGGAGUACUGCGGAGGAGGAUCUCUGCAGGAUAUUUAUCAUGUGACUGGGCCUCUGUCUGAGUCUCAGAUUGCGUAUAUGUCACGGGAAACCCUUCAGGGUUUGUACUAUCUCCACAACAAAGGCAAAAUGCACAGAGACAUUAAGGGAGCAAAUAUUCUAUUGACCGACAACGGCUAUGUGAAACUAGCUGACUUUGGUGUAUCAGCACAGAUCACUGCCACGCUGGCUAAGAGGAAGUCCUUCAUUGGAACACCAUACUGGAUGGCUCCAGAGGUGGCAGCCGUGGAGAGGAAGGGGGGCUACAACCAGCUGUGUGAUAUCUGGGCCGUGGGCAUCACAGCUAUCGAGCUUGCCGAGCUGCAACCUCCCAUGUUCGACCUGCACCCUAUGAGGGCCCUUUUCUUGAUGACAAAGAGUAAUUUCCAGUCACCCAAAUUGAAAGACAAAGUGAAAUGGGGAAAUAAUUUCCAUCAUUUUGUCAAAUUGUCCCUGACGAAAAAUCCCAAGAAGAGGCCAACAGCAGAGAAACUAUUACAGCACCCGUUUGUGUCACAGCCUCUCAGUCGAACCCUGGCCAUCGAACUGCUGGACAAAUCCAACAACCCAGACCACACCACAUACAACGACUUUGACGAUGACGACCCAGAACCAGAGUUUAAAUAUAUGGGCCACUUCCUUCCCAUCACCCCAGGUGCUCGGCGAGCACCUCACUUUGCCAUGCGCAAGAAGUCUCCAGUGUCUGUUCCCCAUCGGAUUCGCUCCACCAGCAGGAGCACCAGGGAAGGGAAGACGCUCUCUGAGAUCAACUUUGGCCAGGUGAAGUUUGACCCUCCGCUGAGGAAGGAGACAGAGCCCCAUCAUGAGCCGCCUGACUCUGAGCCGUUUUUGGACUGUGCAGAAGAGCUGUACUACACUGCGAGAUCUAAUCUGGACCUUCAACUGGAGUAUGGACAGGAAUCUCCAAGCCUAAUGGGAGGAAACAAGAGUCUCCUCAAAUCAGUGGAGGAGGAGCUUAAGCAGAGGGGUCACAUGACACAUUUAGAGACCGAUGAUGAUGAUGGUGGUGAUGAUGGUGAUGAAACUCAACACAAACACAGUACCAUCAUGAGGCCCAAAGUCCCACCCCCACUGCCCCCCAAGCCCAAGUCCAUCUGUCUGCCCCAGGAGAGCCCGUCCCAGGGAGAGGAUGAUGGAGGGGGGACCAUCAAGCGCUGCCCCGUACCCGAGAGCCCUGCCCGAACCACCUCCUCAAACGUACCCCCACGCCCUCCACCCCCACGCCUGCCCCCCCACAGACGCAGUAGCCUAGGUAACGAGAGCACACAGAGCCAGGCUGGCUCAGAGCCCGAGGGGAAUGAUGAUGGGAGCUUUAGGCAUUUCUGGGAGUGGCUUCACGCCCCGCACACAGAAGAGGAGUUGGAAGAGGUGUUGGAUGUGUUGGAGGAGGUGGAUGAGAGUAAUGGGUUGAACUCUCACCAGAAUGGAGAGAAGGACAGCGCUACAGAGAGGCAGUCCACCAUGCCCCCUAGUGUCCCCAUACGGAAAGACAAGAAGGACAUUACGAAGCCUAUCAGUAAUGGCCUCCCACCCACACCCAAGGUCCAUAUGGGGGCCUGUUUCUCCAAGGUGUUCAACGGCUGCCCGUUGAAAAUCCACUGUGCCACGUCCUGGAUCAACCCAGACACCAGAGACCAAUAUCUGAUAUUUGGUGCCGAGGAGGGAAUCUACACUUUAAACCUGAACGAACUACACGAGACGUCCAUGGAGCAGCUCUUUCCCCGCCGGUGCACUUGGCUUUAUGUUAUGAACAACUGCCUGCUCUCUAUAUCUGGAAAAGCCUCCCAGCUCUACUCUCAUAACUUAGCUGGUCUAUUUGAGCAUGCCCGGCAAAUGCAGAAGUUACCCAUGGCCAUUCCCACACACAAACUCCCGGACAAAAUGAUUCCAAGGAAGUUUGCCAUAUCCAAUAAGAUUCCAGACACAAAAGGGUGCCAAAAGUGCUGCGUGGUGAGGAAUCCCUACACGGGUCACAAGUACCUGUGUGGAGCGUUCCAGUCCAGUGUGGUUCUGCUGGAGUGGGUGGAGCCCAUGCAGAAGUUUAUGCUCAUCAAGAACAUCGACUUCCCUCUGCCCUGUCCUCUGGAGGUGUUUGAGAUGCUGGUGGUGCCGGAUCAGCAGUACCCGCUCAUCUGUGUGGCCGUCAGCAAGGGCAUGGAGCUCAGCCAAGUGGUGCGCUUCGGCACGGUCAACCCCAACUCAACCUCCUCCUGGUUCACAGAGGCCGAUACGCCCCAGACUUGUGUCAUCCACGUCACCCAGUUGGAGAGGGACACCAUCUUAGUUUGUCUGGACAGGUGUAUAAAGAUAGUGAACCUACAAGGAAGGUUGAAGUCAAGCAGGAAGUUGUCUGCUGAGCUGACGUUUAACUUCCAGAUCGAGGCGAUAGUGUGUCUCCAAGAUAGUGUUCUGGCGUUUUGGAGGCAUGGCAUGCAAGGGCGGAGUUUCAAGACCAAUGAGAUCACCCAGGAGAUCUCUGAUAACACGCGGAUCUUCAGCCUGCUUGGAUCUGACAGAAACUCUCAGCACGACAGUUCAGGGCAGGAGGGAGCCGUCAAUCUGCCCAGAGUGGUGGUGCUGGAAAGCAGGCCGACAGACAACCCCACAGCAGCCAGCAACCUCUACAUCCUGGCUGGACACGAGAACAGCUACUGAUCACACUACACAGCAUCCUGGGAACACAAGUCACUACAGACAGACUACUGCUUUAGCUUCACAGGAGACCGAUCCUACAAGGGUCCACUUCCAACUUGCCUCUUACUUCCUUUUAACACCUAUAUUUAUUGUGGCAUGUAACAAAGAACUGGAUGACUUCUAUAUGAUUUCAUUUUAAAAUGAAGUGUUGCCACCACUGCUAGCAUCUUAGCCCAUACCACACAAGUGCUUAAUUGACCUCUAUUUAAUUGUAAAUAUAAAUGUAGUAUUUUUUUCGCAGAAAGGGACCCUGGCUACUCCGGGGUUGUAAACUAAAGACUGGUCAUGUAGAUAGGUGUUCUGUACCGGUAUGGAGACUGUAAAGAUUUAAAGGGGUGGUUCAGGGGGUCAGUUUGAGCACUAAAAAUGACUUCUUGUUCUCUGAUCAUGUGACGAGGGACAGGAUUUUAACCCCUCUGAGGUUUGGCUAAGUCUGAGCAACAAGGAAGUACCACUUACUGGUAUUGUCAUUCUGCACCCAUCGUCAUCCCAAAUGUGGGAACUCCCUUUGUAGUUCUGAGAAAUAUCUAAUGGGAGAUCAACCAUUUCAUUCUUAGCUUCCAUUUCUAACUCUAUGAGAUGAACAUUUCAAACUGUUUUAAUUGCAGGCUUACUUCCCAGCUAAGUUGUAUGCUUUUUUUAAUACUGUGGAAUCACUGGUGUUAAAAUUUGCACAAAAAGGUAUUUGAAAAACAAAAAGUGACGUAUGUAACUAUGUGCGUGUAAACUUUAAGUAUACAUACAUAUGUUCUCACAAGCUGUGACACAGGGGUUGCAUUAGCAUAGGUAGAAUUAUUAUGGAACACUCACUGAACAUUACUGAAAUACUAUGAGACCGUGGAGGGAGAAAUGUCAAAGGUCAAACUUAAACGGACUCCAGCGGUAUUGUUUUGAUCACCACAGUUUCAUCAUGUAAUUCUCAAUGGUAAUAUCGAUCAUAUACACUAUAGUCAAAUGGACAAAACACAUUCCUUACUGUUGGACUCAGUGAAGAUGUAAAAAGAAUAUGAAUGUUACAUUUUUUUUAUGUAAUGCCAAAAUGUGUUCUCGAUUUAUGGCCAAAAUUAGUGCGGCGUCUCUACCUCGUGUUGAACAAAAGGAAACGAGUUGUGUAGAGAAAAAAAUAAAAGUAAGUAAAAACACUACACGGUUCAUGUUGGUUUUAAUUUACACCGUAGAAAUGUGUAAUGAUUAUGAACAAACUAACUUCCUUUCUGCCGCAUUACCAUUUUCAUAUUGCAAUGCACAUUAUAUGUAUAUAGUGUAAAAUAAAAAUCUGUUGGUUUUACAUACUGUAUAAUUGCCUAUAUUUUGUUUCAAAUGUGUAACAAGUUAACACAUUAAAAGAAGGAACUGAA